AUGCAUCGCUUUUUUGCAGAGCUGGAGCCAUCUCUAUCCGUCACUGAGCAAAACCUGGCAGACCGAGUUAGGUACAUCCUGCGCUCCAACAUAUUUGGUGACGCCGAACUCGAGCGACUACGACGUGAGGCUAUUCCUUCAUCGAAUGGAAAUGCUACGGCUGGGAAUGCGGCGCCACUAGAUGCGCAACAAACUGCAUAUGUGGAUGCUGCCGUCAACAUUCCAUUUGUGGCUAAUUCAGACGAUGAUAGAAUAGUCUCCCACGAACUAGAGAAAAUGAGGAGCAUAUUGGAAGAGUCGAUUCUGGAAACGCGCAGCAUACCUCUCGAAAAUCGACCGCGACUUCCCCGCAUACCCCUUAGCAAGCGAAAUCGGGCUGUCGUGCGGGCUCUUAACCCAAUGCUGGUGACCUAUUUGGAAGCCAGCCGGGACCUUUGCGAGACGGAUUCAAUUCUUUUUGGCGCCGCACUGGCAGUAUGCCGUAUUAUUGGCGCCAAACUUCCCGUGGCUGGACGUGCUACUCAAAAAAGUAGCGCCAUCCCAGCCUGGAGAAAAAGAAUUGAGGACCGUAUCGCAGAGGCAAGGGCCCUUAUCGGCAGACUGACAAGCUUCAGGUCGGGUAAUAAUAGACCGAGGAUUAUGCGCACCGUUAGGAUGGCGUUUGCUGGGAUAAAUAUCAAUUUGUUCCAGCCGGAUAUCACGCAAAAACUAACGGAGCGCAUAGAUGACCUGAAGCAAAAAAUCGCUGCUUGGGGGAAGCGGAUUCGACGAUUUAGCGAGAGGUCAAGGCGGUUCAACCAGAAUCGUCUCUUCCAGAGUGAUUAG